AUGGCGGCCCCCCCGCUGGCAGGCUACUCGUGCUACGCGCACUUUGUCGUGACGUCGCCGCGGCCGCUGGUGGCGCACGUCGAGAUCAACCGGCCGGACAAGCUCAACGCGUUUUCGCGGGCCGUGUGGCUCGAAUUUGGGCGCGUGUUUCGCCAGCUCAGCGGCGACGGCGGAGUGCGCGCCGUGGUGCUCAGCGGCGCGGGCGAGAGGGCCUUUACCGCGGGGCUGGACGUGCGGGCGGCGAGCCAGGAGGGGCCGCUGGCGGCUACGGGCGGCGAGGGCGACGGCGGGAGGGAUGCGGCGAGGACGGCGAAGGCGUUGAGGGAGCAUAUCGAGGAGUUUCAGGGGUGUAUUACGGAGAUGGAGAGGUGUGAGAAGCCCGUCAUCUGCGUGCUCCACGGCAUAUCCCUCGGCCUGGCCAUCGACAUUGCCUGCUGCGCCGACAUGCGGCUCUGCUCGUCGGACACGCGCUUCGCCGUCAAGGAAGUCGACAUUGGGCUGGCGGCCGACAUCGGGACGCUGGCGCGGCUGCCCAAGAUUGUGGGGUCGACGUCGUGGGUCAAGGACGUGUGCCUGUCGGCGCGCGACUUCUCCGCAAGCGAGGCGCUGGCCGUGGGCUUUGUGAGCCAGGUGCACGAGGGCAAAGGUGCGGCGGUCGAGGCCGGGCUGGCCAUGGCGGGCGGGCUGGCGGGCAAGAGCCCCGUGGCGGUGCAGGGGACCAAGGAGCUGCUCAACUACGGGCGCGAGCACGCGACGGCCGACAGCCUGCGGUACACGACGGUGUGGAACUCGGUCGCGCUGCAGGCGGGGGACGUGGCGGCGGCCAUGGCGGGCAUGUUUGGCAAGCGGAGGCCGACGUUUGAGAAGCUGUAG